UUUGUGAUUUCAGCGAAUGAAAAUGUUUUAUCUACUUGGUAUAUGAUAAUCUCUUAUGUUUUUGUCUGAUAUUUGAAUAAAUCACAAGAAAAAAUAAAAAUUUCCGUCAGAUAAAAAUCUCUUUCCACAAUUAUGAAAAAUCAGUUGAGAUUUUUUGAGGAAAUCCGCAUUUAAUUAAAAAUUAUCGGCGAAGAGCGAUGCAAAACGUGAUAAAUAGCGUGAAAAGCACUGCGUUGGCCGUGGGAGAAUGUUUAACGCCGGUUUUAAAGGAGUCAAAAUUUAAAGAAACUGGAGUUCUUACUCCUGAAGAGUUUGUUGCUGCUGGAGAUCAUUUAGUGCAUCACUGUCCUACCUGGCAGUGGGCAUCCGGAGAUGAAUCUAAAGCAAAGUCAUAUCUACCAAAGGACAAACAGUUUUUAAUCACCCGUAAUGUGCCAUGUACCAGACGAUGCGAACAGAUGGAGUACUCUGAAGAGUUGGAGAGAAUAAUAGAAUCAGACGAUGCUGAUAAUGGCUGGGUAGAUACUCACCAUUAUGAUAAGGAACUGGGAAAUGUGGAGGACAAAGUCUCAGAAAUGACAUUGGAGAGAGAGGAAAGCAUGGAGGAAGCUGCAUUGAAAAAUCAGACUGAAGAAUGUGAAGAUGAAGAUGAUGACGAGGAAGCUGCAGAUAUGGAGGAGUUUGAAGAAAGUGGAAUGUUGGAUGAUGAUCAGAUAGCAAAGGUUAUAAAGCCUGUCGAAAACAGGAACAAAACUGAGGAAGGUGAUCAGAUUCUGCACACUAGAACAUAUGAUUUGCAUAUAACAUAUGACAAGUAUUAUCAAACUCCCAGAUUGUGGAUUACGGGCUAUAAUGAGAAACAUGAACCCUUAACAGUAGAUGAGUUUUAUCAGGAUAUCAGCAAAGAUUAUGCAAUGAAGACAGUUACAAUGGAAUCCCACCCACAUCUGAGUGUGCCCAAGAUGGCAUCUGUCCAUCCUUGCAGGCACGCAGAGGUAAUGAAGAGCAUAAUUGAAACUGUCACUGAAGGGGGCGGAGAAUUAGGAGUGCACAUGUAUUUGAUUAUAUUUCUAAAGUUUAUGCAGUCGGUUAUUCCUACUAUCGAAUACGAUUAUACUCAAAACUUCACCAUGUAAAUUAAAAAUUUUUGUGAUUGUCCGAAUAUAAAAAUUUUCUGUAUUUUUGUGUAAAAUUUUAUUUUUCUGUUACUUUUAUGUUUUACCAUUUAAAAUAUUAUUUUGAUUAAAAUAAAUCUUAGCAAUAAAAAA